AUGUCACCGCACAACGACGCACCUUCGCCUGCUUCGAGCUUCAACUCUCGUGCAGAGUAUCCAAUCCAUCACCAAGCUGUUCAAUCCAUCUACACCAUGAACCACUACAACGAAUUCGACACCAGCUCCAUCGAGUCCGGCGAUGUAGGUCUGAGACGAUCCUUGGUACCCGGCAUAUACGUUCCCACUGUUGCAUUCUUCGAUCCUGCCACUGACAACGUCGACGUGGGAACUACUGCCAACCACGCUGUGCGUCUCGCAAAAGCCGGUGUUGCUGGAAUCACCACGCAGGGAUCCAACGGCGAGGCAGUGCAUCUUUCCCACAAGGAACGCAAUUUGGUAACAAGCACAACCCGCAAGGCUCUUGAUGAUGCAGGCUUUGGGUACAUGCCACUCAUCGUCGGAUGUGGUGCUCAAUCUACCAGGGAGGCCAUCGAACUGUGUGAGGAGGCUGCUGCAGCUGGCGGAGACUAUGCCCUAGUGCUCCCUCCCGCUUAUUACCAAGGGUUGUUCUCCAAGGAGACUGUUGCAAGCUUCUUCCGGGAUGUUGCAACCACCUCGCCGAUCCCAAUACUCAUUUACAAUUAUCCCGGAGCUGUGUCCGGAAUGGACUUGAAUUCCGACGUCAUCAUCGACCUGGCGCAACAUCCAAACAUCGUCGGCUGCAAGUUGACUUGCGGUAACACUGGCAAGUUGAACCGCAUUGCAGCAGCUACACGUGCAGCCACUGUAUCUGAUCCCGGUUCUGGAUUCAUGUGCAUGGGCGGCUCUGUCGACUUCACUCUUCAAACCUUGAUUGGCGGUGGAUCCGGCAUCAUUGGGGGAAUGGCCAACAUUGCUCCGAAGGCGUGUGUCACACUUGUUGAGCUCUUCGAAGCGGGAAAAUACACAGAAGCACGCAAAUUGCAGGCCGUAAUCGCUCGUGGCGACUGGGCAGCCAUUCAGGGUGGCAUCAUCGGCACGAAAGCUGGCUUGAUGGCACAUUUCGGAUAUGGCGGUUACGCCCGCAAGCCUCUUCCGAGGCCCAGCAAAGAAGAGACCAACAAAUGGCGAGAAGCCUUUGAAGAAUUGGUUCGCGUAGAGAGCUCUCUAUGA